UCGGAUUAUCCUCCUUGAAAUAUAUGAGAAGUUUGGUCUCAUCAAAAGGGGAACGCGGCCGCGGGGAAGGAGAAUAGGGGAGUGGGAAGUAGUGCAAUCGAGAACUGGUUGUCUUAUCUUUUUUGUUUUUUAUGGGAAGUAGGCUCUGGAUGGGGAAAGAGGAACUGGUAGUCUGUCUACUUCGUGAAAAAUAAGCCUUGGAAAGAUAAUGAAAAAGGAACGAAAGGAAAGAACUACAAACAUUGGGCCUUACUGCCGAGCCCACCCAGUUGUAAAAUAGCAAAACCCAAUCCUCUUUGCCUCGUUAUGCUUAAACCCUAGAACUGGAAAUCUGUCUACUUCGUCUUUCUCCGUAGCAGCUUCAAUGGCCGCGACCAACCCACCUACUGCGCCACCGUCGUCGAGUUCCAAAGUUGUAGAGAAAGCUGUCAAUGCGCUUAUCAAGUGGAGAGAUUCCAAAUUGAAGACACUGAAACCUCAACUCCUCGAGCAUGACGAGUUUGUAUUCCUGAUUUUGACGCUCAAGAAGAUCCCACAGAAAGGCCGCAUCAACGCCCACAAAAUUCCCCUCCCUCACCCUCUCACCGAACCCAUCACCUCGGAGCUCUGCCUCAUCAUUGACGAUCGCUCCAAAUCCUAUCUCACCAAGGAAUCGGCCCAGAAUAAGAUCAAGGGCCAGAAUAUUCCUAUCUCCAAGGUCUUGAAGCUUUCGAAGCUUAAGACCGAUUACCGACCUUUCGAGGCCAAGCGGAAGCUCUGUGAUUCCUACGACAUGUUUUUUGCGGAUAAGAGGGUGAUUCCCUUGUUGCCUAGGCUGCUGGGGAGGCAGUUCUUUAAGAAGAAGAAGAUUCCAGUGCCUAUGGACUUGAAGCACCAGAACUGGAAAGAGCAGAUUGAAAAGUCAUGUGCUUCUGCGAUGCUGUAUUUGAGUACAGGAACUUGUAGUGUCGUGAAGGUGGCGAGGCUCUCGAUGGGGAAAGAGGAAAUCGUGGAGAAUUUAGUGGCUGCCAUCAAUGGGAUUGCCGAAACUGUGCCGAAGAAGUGGGGAAAUGUGAGGUCUUUCCAUGUGAAGUUGCUUGAGAGCUUGGCAUUGCCUAUUUAUCAGGGUGCCCCAGGUAUUGAUGAUAUCAAGCUGAAGAUACAGGGAGUGAAGGAUCAAGAUGUGGAUUUCAAGGAGGAAGAGGGUGGAGAGGCUGUUAAGGAUGAGGAAGUGGAGAUGAAGAAGAAAAAGAAGGGGAGGAUACAUGAGGUCAGGAAUAUGGAUAGGAAUGUUGGCGGGAUUUUUGAUGAGGAUGAAAUGGGUGGUUUUGAGGGCGAGGAUGGUAUGAAUGAUACGAAUGGUGAGAUGGGUGGUAGUGAAUUAGUGGGUAUGACGAGAAAGAUGGCAGAUGAGGGGAAAGCUGAGGAUGAUAAAGUGGCAAGGAAGGCAGCUAAGGUGAAGAAAGUUGGGUUGCCCAUUAAUGGGACGAGUGAGGAUAGCAUCAAGCAAAAGAAACAAAAGAACGGCGGGUUUUCAUUGAAAACUGAGGAAGUGAAGGACAAGGAAAAGAAGAAGAAAAUGCUCAAUGCUUUAUGAUUGUCUUUUUCUGUGGUAUUCUAGAGGAGCUUAUCGUGGUAACUUUUGAACAGGUCUUUUUGGUUGCUUGUUAUAUUUAUGAAAUUGGGUUGAUCGAUUACUUUAUCUUGCAAGUUGUAACUUGAUUGGGAGAGAUUGUUGUAGCAGGUCUUUUUGGUUGAUUAUUUUUAUGAAAUUGGUUAGCAGAUUAACUUGAC